GGUGUCACCCAGGGUCCACAUCAUUGCAUAUACCUAUUUCUGUCCGCGGUCUGUUUGAGGGCAUGGGUAUUCGUGUAGCAGCAGGAGGAAAGGCAAAAUAAAGAUACAGGCGUUAUUGGAGAAACACAGAGAGAGAGAGAGAGAGAGAGAGAGGAGAAUUGCGAUGGCGUCUUCGGGAGGAGGGGAGUCAUGGAUGAAGGAAAUGAAAGAGGCGUCGGCACUUGCUGAUGAUAUCAGUGCGAGAAUCGCAGAGCGGGCAUCGCUGCCGGCGGCGGGGCCGGAGACGCAGCGCCAUCUCUCUGCUAUCCGCCGCAAGAUCACCAUUCUGGCCACCAGGCUUGACACCCUGGAAUCCCUCCUCCACAAGCUUCCUUCCAAACAACCCUUAACUGAAAAAGAAUUACAUCGACGACAAGACAUGCUUGUCAAUCUUCGGUCAAGAGCGAAUCAGAUGGCUUCUACUUUGAAAAUGUCAACCUUUGCUAAAAGGGAUGAUUUGCUUGGCCAAGAUAGUAAACAGCUUUCAGAAAUAAAUAGAACCUCUGGACUGGACAAUUAUGGUCUUGUUGGACUGCAACGGCAAAUUAUGAAAGAACAAGAUGAGGGUCUUGAAAAACUGGAGGAGACUGUAAUAAGUACCAAGCAUAUCGCAUUGGCUGUGAAUGAAGAAUUGGACUUGCAGACUCAUCUUCUUGAUAGUUUAGAUCAAGAUGUUGAUGCAACAGGCUUCCGACUGCAGCGUGUACAACGUAGACUGGCUGUGCUGAGUAAGAAGGCAAAGAGCAGUUGCUCAUGUAUGUGCUUGCUUAUGAUGGUUAUUGCAAUUGUCGUCCUGGCUGUGGUGAUUUGGGCACUAAUUAAGUUCUUGUGACUUGGGGAACAGCUAAACGUGCUUGUUUGUCUCCUGACAAAGUGUGUAUAUUGUAAGCCAGGGGGAGAGUAUGUUUUUUUGCAAUUUUCUUGAACCUCGUGUGUAUGAUAAAGGUUGUCCCUUAUUUGGUCAACUGCUCGGUCUGUUUAUUGUAUUUAUAAAUUAUAAUUUGAGAGUCCUUUAGAAACUGAUUCUAUGAGAUUCUUACAUUUGACAAUGGCCCAUAAAGCCAGUUUGCUUGUGAAAUGUUUGUUCAUCAUUCUUGUUUCAACGGAUUAAACAUUUAAAAGAAUGCAUUGUCAUUUGGUAGUAUUACUAUUUAUAAAUGUGAUGCUUGAAGA